UACCUUGACAACAGUCUUUUCCACGUAAUACGCAUUGAAAUAACGUCCUUGGUGCAGGUUGUUUAUAGCUUUGGUGGACUACUGAACCUGGAGCACCUGACACGAUGGAGAGGGAAAUGACAGCAAACGCUUCUCAGUCUCUAACCUGUAAUAAUGGCAGUGAAAGCAGGAUUGACCCCUAUGGCUUUGAGAGACAUCAUGAUUUUGAAUCCUACAAGGAGAUGAUGAAUGAGUAUGUAGCCGUCCUCAACAGAAGGUCGAUGAGAUGGUCCAAGCUGCUGCAGGAGAAACCACACGUGGAGAAGAACUUGACAGGUACAAGUAACCAACACACCACUGUUUUGUUUUGGUGCCUCCUGAUGCUGGUGUGUUUAUGUGAUGUAACUAUAAAAUGUGUUUUGGAAGUGAAAAGGUAUGUGCGUAAAGGUGUGCCUAAUGAGCACCGCGCCAGGAUUUGGAUGGCAGCUAGUGGGGCGCAGGAACGACUAGAGAGCAACCCGGCUUAUUACCAGUCUCUGCUGGCCAUGGAGCACGACGCCAAGCUGAAGGAAACAAUUCACAUAGACAUGCAUAGGACCUUUCCUGACAACGUCCUCUUCAAGAGCAGAGCAGAACCGAGCCUGCAGAGGGCUCUGUACAAUGUGCUGCUGGCCUACGGACACCAUAAUAAGGCGGUGGGGUACUGUCAGGGAAUGAACUUCAUUGCAGGUUAUCUCAUCAUCAUCACCAAAGAUGAAGAGAAGUCAUUCUGGCUCAUGGAUGCAUUGUUGGGCAGAAUGCUCCCAGACUACUACAGCCCGGCAAUGUUGGGCCUAAAGACUGACCAGGAGGUUCUUGGGGAGCUGGUGAAGGCUAAAGCUCCGGCAGUAGGGCAGCUCAUGGCCCAGUAUCCCGGCAUAUGGACACUGGUGGUGUCACGCUGGUUCAUCUGCCUCUUCAUUGACGUACUCCCAAUUGAGACGGUCCUGCGGGUCUGGGAUUGUAUUUUCUACGAGGGCUCCAAGGUUCUUUUCCGUGUUGCUCUGACUCUCAUCAUUCACAACCAGCCGGAGAUCCUGAGAGCUCGCUCUUUGCCCGACGUGUGCGAGUGCUUCAAACAAAUCACCUGUGGUGCUUUCACUCUGGACUGCCACACCUUCAUGCAGAAAAUCUUUACAGAACCUGGCAGCCUGUCUAUGGCAACUAUUGAUAAACUGAGAGAGAAAUGUAGACAACGAAUACUGGAGGAAGAAUCUGGACAUCCGUAAAGGUUUGGGUCCACCUUCUAUUUGGGACUAUCAGGAACAAUUAACUACUACCAACAUGGACAUACUGGUGGCUUCUUGGUUGCUUCUAUUAACUAAUCCAGAAGACUGACGGAUAUCUAAAGGAAGCUUGUCAACUGAUGUUUCAAGAUCUUUUUGAACCUCUUUUGCUCAUGGUCCCAUGUUUGAGGAUAUUUCUGCUACUAUAGAUACUUCAAGAUCAUCCCACAAGAAAAGAAAGUAAAAGCUGUUUUUCUAUUACUUGGACUUAUAGUAGCAUGACUUUGCUAUUGUAUGGGAGUGAUAAAAUUUGUUUUUACUGCAGAGAAAUAGUUGAGUGUUUUAUGGGGAAAAGAGAAUGAACGUCUCUUACACUGCAACACUGAUCUAACCAUCCAUUUCUCUUUAUGAAGUAAAAUGAGGUGUUUACAGUUCGCUGGGUCCUCAUUUACAGAA